CAUUGCAGCUCUGGCCUGUUUGAUUGUUGUGCUCUUUGCCAUCGUGUGUUUCAUCGUGUGUCGCCAUCGACGACGGAAACAGAACAACAACCGUCUUGGCAUGAAACCCGUUGUUGACCACGUGACCAUGAAUAUGAACCAGGUCAACAACACGUUCCACCACACGCUGAGCGGGAAAAUGUCCAACGGGACCAUGUACAAGGGGCUGCCAAAUGAGGAUAUGGACAUGCUGCAUACGUGUAACGGUGCGGGCAAAGUUUUAAAGGGUUAUUCUGACCCGAAAGAUUCCAUUCAAGGUCGCAAUUUACCCGACCUCCCCUCCUCUAGUUCUGAAUUGCAAGAUUCUCGUGACUACGCUGUGCCAGACGUCACAAAGUCAGCCCUGAAGGUGGCACUCCCUCCCAUCUACCCGCCCCAGGUCCCCAAGCUCCGGGGCGUGGUUCUUAACCAGCUCGACCUCACCCCACCCAACUAUGAUGCGCUGUACGCAGCUGCAGAUGUCGUGCAUCAGCAGAGUCUCAACAUUCCAAAUCUCCAGGGUGCCACUGGAAGCAGCAUGUACUCGAUUCCUAACGCCGAGUUGUUACUCAGCCUCGACCUGUCCAGGGUUGAGUUCCCUCGUGAAAACCUGAGAUUUGUUGAGGUGCUGGGAGAGGGACAGUUCGGGGAGGUUCACCUUUGUGAAGCGGUUGACAUCGAUGACUACAUCCAGGAAGACUGCCAAGUCAACCGGUACCUCAACCGGCCCAUCCUGGUUGCGGUUAAGAUGCUUAGGAAGGAGGCAGACGACAGGGCCAGGGCAGACUUCCAAAAGGAGAUUAAGAUCAUGUCUCAGCUGAAGGACCCCAACAUUGUGCGUGUGCUGGGGGUGUGUAUCAGGGAGGAGCCACUGUGUAUGAUUGUGGAGUACAUGAAGUAUGGAGACCUCAACCAGUUCCUGCUGGACCACGUACCCGAGUCUCCCAUGGCAGAGGCAACACACGCAAAGACGUUAAGCUAUGGAUGCCUGAUCUACAUGGCAUCACAGAUCGCGUCUGGUAUGAAGUACCUGGAGUCUCUGAACAUGGUGCAUCGCGACCUGGCCACCCGCAACUGCCUCGUGGGCACAAACUUCACAAUCAAGAUUUCAGACUUUGGCAUGAGUCGGAGUCUGUACAGCGCUGAUUACUACAGAAUCGAGGGUCGCGCUGUGCUGCCCAUACGAUGGAUGGCUUGGGAGUCUAUAUUACUGGGCAAAUUUACGACAAGGUCAGACGUCUGGUCUCUAGGAGUAACCCUGUGGAAAAUACUUACCUUUGCACGCGACCAACCAUAUGACGUCAUGAACGAUGAACAAGUGAUUGAGAAUGCUGGGCACUACUACCGCAAUGACAAUAAACAAAUUUACCUACCGCAACCUGUGAACUGUCCCAAGGAAAUCUACGACCUCAUGCUCGAGUGUUGGAAUCGAACGGAGUGCGAGAGGCCGAGUUUCCGGGAAAUCCAGAUGUUUUUACAGCGCAAGAAUAUGGGCUACAACCCGAAGGAUGAAAAGAUGAACCAGAUAAAGGUCCCAAUUUGCUGACUAACCGCCCAAAAGGAGUCUGGAGAGGGUUCAAUCUCCAAGCCAAGUAAUUUUCAAUCAGAAUGCGGUCGAAAAAAUGUUGCUCCAUUACGUUCAAGUUUUGUUGAACAAGAUUGCAGUAGAAAAUUGAAAAUUGCAGUUGUUGCUCCAUUGGGCACAAGUCGCGACUCGAUUUCUUGUUUCAUUGGUCAGCCAUUUUCGGAGCUUCCUAAGUUUAAUGAAGCUGAUUUGGAUCCAAGGACUGUAACAAUGAUGAACUGCGAUCACAAACUAUUUGAAUACAGCGAUGAGGAUGUUUCUGAAACGGAGAACAAUGAUGUUGUGGACGUUGUGCUACGCAAUUCACUUUCAGAAAAUCCAAAAGUUUUGUUAAAAGGUAAGACAGCUGUUAGAAAUGGUGAUAGUGAAGCAGAGUCUGCUGUCAAACCAGCCUGGACUGGAAUAAUCUCUAAACCAUGUCCUGUGGUAGUCUCUAAACCAACUGUGCAAAAGGGAACAAACUAUAUUCCGGCUUGAAAAUCAGAUAUUAAUUUAAUCUGACAAUUCCCUCACAAGUUGUACCAGUAUAUACCGGUACUCAGAAUGUCUGCAGUUUUUCAUGAUUGAAGGGCAGAUUUCUCACAAAGAACUUGUUGUGCAUACCAGAGUCUAGUGAAAAAUGGGUUUGUCAUUUUCUGCAAGAUAAAGUUGCAAAUGUCUUACUACAGAUUACAUGUUUGCAUUUGCAAUUAAAUAAAUGCUUUCCUGUAAACUUUGGUUACAAGAUUGCAGUCGGGAACGUAAGACAUGUGCACACUAGUGCGGUCUAAUUGACAAGGGAAUGUGAUAAGUAUUACUGUAGGGAAAACAUUGUAUUAAUGAGGAUCGUUACAUCCAGUUAAACAUUGGGACAGAUUCUCCCAAUGGUACUGGGUGUGUGCAUGUCUGCACAUAAUUACAGCGAACACUUCAGUGUGCAGAAACCUGUGUACAUUUGCAGGCUUUGUUUUUUAUGUCGAUUUUAUUUUUUGUAGACAUAAGAUGGCACUUUGGAUUCCAGCCAAGGAUGAAAGUUUUGUUUCUCCUUGGAAUUUGAGCAUGAAAGCGUUAUAUCUGCUUAAUAUUCAUUGUCAGAUACAGUAAUUCAAAGUUCAUAUGAAUUCUGACAUAUUUGUUAUUUUCAUCAUGUGUUCAGACAUAGAAUUCGGAAUUUGAAAUUUAACUAGACUGAUCACUGUUCAGCUAUGUUGAUUUUUUGUGUGAAAUGUUUCCUUUUGACGACAGAUUCUUUCUAGAUGUUUUCUGAAAAAAAAACAGAUUGGUUCCUUGCAUUUAAAGCGCUGUCUGGACAUGACAUUGAGCUUGCAUUGCUUGUCAUUUGUAGUAUAAUCAUUUUGAAUCAUAAUUCAGCCCAUUAAUGUUUUGAAAUCAUUUUCUCAUGUUGCAUAAAAGAUUGGCGUUAUUUCAAGCAACCAGGCUUUUAUAAAGGUGUCUUGAAGCCAACUUUGAUGUAUUCUGACACACAGUUUGUCAUUCAAAUUGUCUUUGUUGAUGUUGUAAUGAGAUUUCAAGUCAUGCUUUAAUUAUGUUCUUCUUUAAUAAAGAUUUAUAAAACCUCACAUUAAAAUUAAUGUACUCAUUUAGGCUGGUGUUUAUGAAGGCUAACAGAAUAGAGAAAAUCUCAGUAUGAUAAUAUAAGAUCAGUGAUUUGUUUGGUUUACAGUCAUAACUUUAAAGUACUUAAUAACAAUUAUUGAAAUAAUUUACA